GAAAUUAUAUCCGUCCUUGUACAUCGGUAUUUUACAUGAGACCAGAUAUAUUUUUAUCUACUCUAUUAAUAAAUACUUAUGGGGAAAAGAUACAAAUUUAAUGAGAUAUGAUUUCAUAGAUGCUUUAUAUCAUCGCAAGAUGGCCAGAGAACUGUGGACAUUAUAUUCAGUUGUUUUCAUCAUUUGUUCUGCUUUGAUCAUAAAAUCAACCACGGCACAGUUUCCAAACUUCGACAUCCAAGCUAACAACAGCCUGUUAACCGCUGGUGACACAGUGAUCAUCGACUGUUUGCUCUACAAUGCCUCUGUGCUCGAUAUCAUGAAUGGCUACGAUAUUGUAUGGUUUAAAGAUGAAAUGAAACUCACACAAGCAUACACGAGGCUGAUGAAUGACGUCAUCAAUGACCAUCGAUACUCCGCCAGCAUCGGAGUCAGAAAUAUAGGAGCUGUCUCUACCAUUCAAAUCACAGGUAUCACUACAGAAGAUGAAGGCGUUUUUACUUGUGAACUUACAAACAGAAUGAACGUUAAACAGAGGAAGUCGAUAUAUAUAAGUGUUGAAAAUCAAGAAAAUCAAACCAUAACACCUGAUGUCAUCACCGUUAUUUCUGAUCCAUCAUUCAACCAUAACAAAAGAUUGUUCGCAGAGCGGACGGAUGUUGAAGAAGACAAAAACUCCACAAACACGACAUCAAUCAAUAUUUUUACCAAAAGGACGACCGAUAGUGUCAAAUUUCGUGCAGAUGUACACUACAUUAGUUAUCCACCAGACAGCAACAUUUCAACUACAGCAGACGGCAACAGUACUUCACCGCUGUUGCUUUCUAUUGAAAACACUUUAGAAAACACGUCCAUGUCAACAGGAAUACAGAAAAGAGAAGACGACAAAGGUGGUCUCACUGCAGGAAUCAUCGUGCUUGUGCUUAUCCUUGUUCUGAUGUCAAUAUACUAUGCCAGAAGAAGAAACACCUUAAAUUGUGAAAGUUGCUGCCAUGAAGCAAGAUCUACAGGCAGAACUGAUGACGUCACACCAAGAGAAACUAUUCAUCAAUAUGAAAGCGUUUUGCCGAUAGUUUAUCAUGACGUUUACGUGGAUCAGGCAUCAGAGAUUGAAACCAAACCCAGGAGGCGACCGGACGAAGAUGCAAUCGACAGAACCUUUCUAAAUGAGUACGAGAUCAACGAAAAUUUACAUAGGGAGAGUUCCGACGGUAGAAUUGGUAGGGCCAACACGUUGGAAAAAGUAGAACCGUUGGCUAUGUAUCCUAACACCAGUGAUCAAAAUAUGUUGAAUAUGCAUCGUGAAGACACUUCCGAUGAUUAUCUGGAUCCGGUACCAGAUUUUGAAAUCAAACAUUACGAAGAUGUAAACGACAGGACCUUUCUAAAUGAGCACAAGAUCAAGAAACAUAUUCGUGGGAAGAGUUCCGACGGUGGAAAUGAUAGGACCGACACGCUGGGAAAAAUAGAACUGCCGCAUGUGUAUCGUAACACCAGCGAUCAAAAUUUGUUCCCUGAUUCUCAUAAUACCGGUGAAGACACUUCCGAUGCAACGUAUCGAUUGAAAAAGAAAACCAGUCCCUACGAGUCAUGCAACAGUAUCAGUUUCCUGAAGGAUUUUGCAUGAUACUUUUUUAGUUGUAUGGUGAAAAUUUGUGAAUGACUUUUAGAAUGAGAAAUCAAAGAAACGUUUAUGUCAUUUGUGUUUUAUGUUUACGAAAUAAAAAAAAUGUAUUCAUGUAACGUAA